AUGCGAUCUCUAAUCAUUUGUCUGUUACUCAUUCAAAAUAUCGAUGCUUUCAAUUAUCUGUUGAUUUCGCCGGUGUUCGGAUUCAGCCACAUCAAGUUCAUGUCGAAAAUUGCUGAUGUUUUGGCGAACGGUGGUCAUAAUGUAACAAUUUUUCGACCUCAUCACAAUGAUCUGCACAUUCCGCCGCGAUUGAUCAAGAAUCCUAAUAUUGAGAUCUUGGACUACUACCCCAAAGAUUUCGAUGAGAUGAAGAAGGGCUCUGACGAUAUGAUGAAGAGCAUGUGGCUUGAAGGAACCUCGCCGUUGAGUAUGGCGAUUAGUGCCAUCCAAUUCGGAAAAGGUGCGCGAGACGUCUGGAACAACACCAACUACCAGAUUCUGACUGAUAAGGAGCUUCAUGAGAAGCUCAAAGCUCGCAAGUUCGAUUCGGUCAUCACCGAGAUCUUCGACACUAGUGGAUUUUAUUUGAACGAGAUCCUCAAAAUCCCAUCAAUCGUUGCUGUUUGGUCGGCGGUUCGUCAUUGGUCGACAGAAAUGUACUACGGCGGAGUGUCGCCGGUUGGCUAUGUUCCCGGAAAAGAGUCAGCGAUCGGAGCCAACGCCGUAUUUCUCGACCGCCUCAACGAUUUAAGCUCAUGCUUUUUCAUUGGUCUUUUGGUCCGUCGACUCAUUCUAGAGCAACAUUACAAUUAUGCUAAUAUCAUUGGGACCAAUAAAACUGCCGACGAGCUACUAACAAAAUCGCCAUUUUUCAUGGUCAACUCGAAUCCAUAUUUGGAUUUUCCGAUGCCGGUGCCUCAAACGAUUGUGCAAAUCGGCGGAUUCACAAUGGAUUUGAAGCAUUCACCGAGUUUGGAAAACUUGCCAAAAGAGUACGAUAAGAUCUUGAACGAGAAAGACACAACGAUAUUCAUUUCAUUCGGAUCGGUGGCCAAGUCGUCGGAAAUGCCCGAACACUACAAGAAAGGUAUUAUCGGAAUGUUCAAACUACUCUCAAAUGUCACAUUCAUUUGGAAAUACGAGAAGGAGCAUCCGGAAAUGGAGAAGAUCCUACCAUCCAAUGUUCAUUUACAGCGUUGGGUACCUCAGCCAGCUCUGAUCGCUGAUAAACGCGUGAAGCUUUUCGUGACUCAUGGAGGACUCGGAAGUACGAUGGAAGUGGCCUAUUCCGGAAAACCAGCGCUUUUGAUUCCAAUAUUCGCCGAUCAGCCUCAUAACGCGAUGAUGAUUGCCAGGCAUGGAGGUGCUGAAGUUUUCGAGAAGGAAGAUCUUGUGAACUCGAAAAAAUUGGCAGCGGUUAUUCAGAAAAUGAUCACCAAUUCCAUAUAUAAAAAGCACGCCGAACAACUGGCUCAUUUGCUCAGGCAUCAGCCAUUUGAUCCCAAGGAUAUUUUGCUGUCUCAUGCCGAGUUUGCGGCAAGGUUUCCCAAUAUGGAAUCUCUCGUUCCGCCAAUUCUUCAAAGCAGUUUCAUUGGAUAUUAUUACAUUGAUGUCAUGCUCUUCCUAGCUGCUCUAGCUCUUAUCUCCUUAUUCGCUGUUGUCAAAUCGAUUUUAUGGGUAUAUCGGAGAAUUGAUAAUAUUAUUUCUCGAAGUGAUGCUCUACCAAGCUGCUCCAGCUCUUAUUUCCUGUCUCAAUUCUAA